GUCCUCUCUAGGGGUGACUUCCGUUGCGCUCUAUGGCGCGGCGGCGCGGGCCCGGUGCCCCGCGGAAGCGCCGUCGCAGCCAUGUUGGCUGUGAGGGGAAGCGGCGCCAGAGGCCGCGCUAAGAUGGUGGAGAGGAGCCCCCGGGGGGUGUAGGGGCCCCGUCCCCCCCCCCGCCUCCCACCGGCCCCGGGCUGCGGCCGGCCUGGUGCCCAUGGAGCAGCUGUAGGAUGCAGCUCCGUGUGUAGAGGGGAAGAGCAGCAAAUUCACCGGAGCUGUGUUCACUUGGCUGCAAGUCUCUGCUCUAAAUAGCUCAUCCCUGCCACGAUGACAUCUCCAAGCUCUGCCCAGCAUCCAGCAGCUGAGAAUAACUGCAGAAUAGCAUUUGGACAAGCUAACCAGGUGCGGCCCAGACUGCCACUUCUGAAGAUUCUGCAGGCUGCAGGCGCCCAGGGAGAAACCUUCACACUGAAGGAGGUUAUGCAUUACCUAGGACAGUAUAUCAUGGUGAGGCAGCUAUAUGACAAAAGGCAGCAACACAUGGUCUACUGUGGAGGAGAUCAGCUGGGAGAACUGCUGGGACUGGAGAGCUUCUCUGUGAAAGAUCCAAGCCCAGUCUAUGAGAUGCUGAAACGGAACCUGACUUCUGCUGCAGUGGCAGAUGCUGCACAGAGUCUCGCAAAGGAACAGAGCGUCGAUAAGCCAAGCCAAGACCAGCUGAAGUUUAGCCAGCAAGAAGGUUCUGACCUUGGCAUCAUGGAAGGUGAAAGCAAUCCUGCUGCUUUGUCUACCUCAGAGCAAAAAUGUGAGCGUUACGAAGACAAAGACUUAAUAGAAAACCUCUCUAAAAGCAAGAAGCCUAAACUGGACCUAGUGUUUGAGGAAUGGGAUGUAGCUGGUCUUCCAUGGUGGUUUUUAGGCAACCUCAGAAGCAAUUACAAGUCCAGAAGUAAUGGAUCAACAGAUAUUCAGACUAACCAGGACAUAGACACUGCCAUUGUUUCGGAUACUACUGAUGACUUGUGGUUCCUUAAUGAAUGUCCAUCGGAUCAGAGCAGUGCAGCAGUCAAGGUGGAAGCAGUUGACUGCGAGGAAGUGAAAGAAGAUGACCAAAAGGUGACUGAGGAUAUCUGUUUGCAUGACUUUGAAGAUUCUCAAUGCUUAAGUGAUGACACAGAUACAGAAGCUGCUUCUGAGGACUCUUGGCAAUGCACCAAAUGCAAGAAGUUUAACUCUCCAGGCAAACGGUACUGUUACCGCUGCUGGGCCUUGCGGAAAGACUGGUACUCAGAUUGUCCCAAACUGGUUCAUUCUCUUUCCCUGUCCAGCAUUGAUGCUAUCCAAAACAACCAGGAUGAUGAAGGGAUCGAUGUCCCAGACUGCCGAAGGACUAUUUCAGCUCCAGUUGGCCAACCCAAAGAGCUGUACGUGGUAGAAACCAAAUCACAUAUAGAUCCCCGCAGCUCUAUUGAGUCUUUGGAUUUGGCACAGGAAUGUGAAAGCCAGGAUUCUUUGUUGCAUUUCACUGAGCAUAAAAAGGAGGAGGAAAUCCAGUCUUUAGAGAGUAUCAAAAAAUUGCUGAACCCUUGCUUCCUGUGCCAUCACAGACCACGGGAUGGGAAUAUUGUCCAUGGAAGGACUGCUCAUCUUGUGGCCUGUUUCAAGUGUGCAAAGAUGCUGAAGAGAAAGAGAUCACCUUGCCCAGUGUGCAGGAAAGACAUCGAGAUGGUGAUCAGGAUCUUUAUGGGGUAGUUGUGCCAGUUCAGGCCUUCUCCCCCAAAAGACUGCACACAGGUUUCCUUGCACUCACACCAACCCUAACUUCAGAGCUCGGACAGGGAAUACCAAAGAGAAGUAAGAUUCAAAUCUGACCAAGAGCAUGGAAAAAUCCUUUACAUUCAGUGAAGCAGCAUCCACAUUUCAAAUGUCCAUUUAAAUUAAAGCCCAUGGGGAGCAGGGGGUGCCUGGCACAUUGGCAUCUCAACACCCCAGCUUUGAGGUCGUCUAAAUGCUGUGAUUUCAGCUCAGUGCUGUCACUGGGAUGCUCUGUUCUGACAACUGGCUCUUGAAGAAAGCAAGUUUUGGAAAGAG